UUGGGUGCCAUUGGGCAGCAGUGGGUUCCAAUGGGCUCCAUUGAGUACCAUUGGGUGCCAUUGGGUGCCAUUGGGUUCCAGUGGGCUCCAUUGAGUACCAUUGGGUGCCAUUGGGCAGCAGUGGGUUCUGGUGGGCUGCAUGGUGCCCCUCAGGCUCCGGUGGGUCGCAGUGGUGCCGAUGGUCCCUGUUGCCCCAUAGGGGUGCGCUCCGAGUUCGUGGUCAAGACGGCCAACGCGGGGUCGGGGGCGCUGUCAGUCACCAUCGACGGCCCCUCCAAGGUGACCCUGGACUGUGUGGAGUGCGCCGAGGGUCAUCGCGUCACCUACACCCCCAUGGCACCCGGGAACUACCUCAUCUCCAUCAAGUACGGCGGCCCGCACCACAUCGUCGGCAGCCCCUUCAAGGCCAAGGUCACCGGCCCCCGCCUGUCGGGGGGUCACAGCCUGCACGAGACGUCCUCGGUGCUGGUGGAGACGGUGACGCGGGGGUCUCGCGGCCCCCCCUCGUUUGGGGGGCUCCCCAAGUUCUCGUCGGACGCCAGCAAAGUGGUGGCGCGUGGGCCGGGGCUCAGCACCGCCUUCGUGGGCCAGAAGAACCACUUCACUGUCGACUGCAGCAAAGCCGGCAGCAACAUGCUGAUGGUGGGGGUGCACGGCCCGAAGACGCCGUGCGAGGAGGUUUACGUGAAACACGUGGGGAACCGGCUGUACAACGUCACCUACACCGUCAAGGAGAAGGGAGACUACGUCCUCAUCCUGCGCUGGGGGGACGACAGCGUCCCGGGGAGCCCCUUCAGGGUCACUGUGCCCUGAGGGAGAUUUGGGUUGAAAAAGGGCGGAUUUGGGUAAAAGGAGCCCGGAGAGCGGCAAUAAAAACACUGGGAUUGCA